AUGGAGGAGGAGAAGAGAGAGGCAUACACAAACCCCACCAACUCAUCCUCCACCACCACCAUGGCAUUUUCCGACGAGAUUCCGAGCACCACCACCACCAUCAACAAUAACACAUCUUUAUUCCCUUUUCAACCUUCAAUCUCCACCAUCUUUGACACGUUGCCAUCUUCCUCGUGUGACCAAAAAGUUUCCUCUUUUGGAUUCAUGGACUUGUUAGGUUCCCACGAUUACGACACAAACAACAACACUUUUUUGUUAUCCGAUUGGGCUCUUCCAACAACCACCACAGUCAUCCAGACUCUCCCGUCGCCGGCGAGUUCCAACGUCCUGGAUUCCUCCGAGGUGCUGAACACACCGACAUCACCAAACUCAACUUCAAUUUCUUCCUCAUCUAACGAAGCCACCUUUAACAACAACACCAUACAACAAAGAACUAAAGUUUCAACAAACGAACAUGAUGCUGAUGCAGAGGUAGAAGAAGAUGGAAAUGGAGUCAAAGAAAAUGACCAAAAUCAAGACAAGACAAAGAAACAUCUAAAAGCAAAAAAGAAGAAUCAAAAGAAGGAAAGAGAACCCAGAUUUGCUUUCAUGACAAAGAGUGAAGUUGAUAACCUAGACGAUGGCUAUAGGUGGCGUAAAUACGGUCAAAAAGCUGUUAAAAACAGUCCUUAUCCUAGGAGCUACUAUCGUUGUACCACGGCAGCCUGCGGCGUGAAAAAGCGCGUGGAGCGUUCAUCCGAUGAUUCUUCCAUUGUCGUCACUACAUACGAGGGUCAACACACACAUCCUUCACCAGCCACGUCACGUCCUAGCCUCAGCUUCGUUAACGAACCUACUAGCUUCGGUGCCGGUGCAUUUGGUGGUUGUAGUUCAGGUUCACACUCACACUCACACUUUGUUCUACCACACGCUUCAUCAUUGUUGUACGAUAAUACUAAUCCCACUAUCAAUUCUACUACUACACCCCCAUCACUUGGUUCUAGUGGUGGCUAUGUUAACACGUCGUCGUUUGGUGGUUUUGUUCACGACCAAGCGAUUAUUCAAAGAGGUUUUGGAACUUCCCACGAAGCUUUGUUAAGAGACAAUGGGUUGCUUCAGGAUAUUAUUCAGAUGAAAAAUGAGGAGAAAGAUUUAAUCAAAGAACAACUCUAG